UUGUUCUCUUUUAAACUUAAUAAUUUUUAUAUUUGACCAUAGCAUGCUUAUUAAUUAAAGUGACAUCCACAUAUGUAUACUGACCCAGUUGGAGAAGAAGGUUCAAAUCUGAGAUCCUUGCAAUUUAGCUUGGCUACAGUUGAAGCUGCAACAGAUAAGUUUUCCGAAGAGAACAAAAUAGGGAAAGGAGGAUUUGGAGAAGUUUACAAGGGCACUCUUCUUGAUGGACGAGAAAUUGCUGUCAAGAGACUCUCAAGAAGAUCAAUGCAAGGAACAUUAGAAUUCAAAAAUGAAAUUUUGCUUAUAGCCAAACUCCAACAUAGAAAUUUGGUGACGUUAUUGGGAUUCUGCUUGGAAGAACAAGAGAAAAUUCUUGUUUAUGAAUUUGUGCCUAACAAAAGCAUUGAUUUCUUCUUAUUUGAUUCUGAAAAACAAAGAUUAUUCAAUUGGUUUGAGCGAUUCAAAAUUAUCGGAGGAAUUGCACAAGGACUUUCUUACUUACAUGAACAUUCUCGCCUAAAAGUCAUCCAUCAUGACUUCAAACCAAGCAAUAUUUUAUUAGAUAACAAGAUGAAUCCAAAAAUAUCAGAUUUUGGUAUGGCAAGAAUGAUUUCUAUAGAUGAAGAUCAAAGAAACACAAAUAGAAUUGUCGGGACAUAUGGUUAUAUGGCUCCUGAAUACAGAAUGAAUGGACAAUUUUCUGAAAAGUCUGAUGUAUUUAGUUUUAGAGUUAUAGUUUUAGAAGUGCUUAGUGGAAAGAGGAAUGCUAGAUCGUAUGAAUCACACCUCUUAACAUAUGUCUGGAAGAAGUGGGACGAGGGAUCACCAUUGCAAAUAUUGGACCCUUUUCUGAUGGAAUCAUGUUCUGAAAUUGAAGCAAUAAAAUGUGUGCAAAUUGGGUUAUUGUGCGUUCAACCAAAUCCAGAAGAAAGGCCAACAAUGUCUCAAAUUGUUUCAUAUCUUACUAAUCUUUCCAUUGACUUACCAUCUCCAAGAGAACCUGCGUUCUUCGUGCGUCCCAAUCCAACUAUAGUUCCAGAAUGGGGUUUGGAUCAAACUCUUCAGAGUUAUUCAACCUCCAAUUCAGCUACUGGUUCAAAUGAAUCGUCUCAGCUCUUACCUCGAUGAAAAGAAGUUCAUAUUUUCUAUGUGUAUAUGUGUUUAUUUAUGUCGUGAGAUGUAUCAACUUUCAUUUAGAGAAAUUUGUUUCAUCUUUUUCUAUACAUAUGAUGGACAAAGAUAUUUAUAGCCCUCUUGAUAUGGCUUGCACAGCUUGAGUUUU